ACACGCACUUGUCGUAAAGGUACAUUGAACCUUUGGCUAAAUUGAUUUUCGUUCGGGCAGGCCAGGCAAAAGUGAUUCAGUUUAUUUAACAUAUCAAAUAUAUACUAUUUUUAACCGAAAACUCAGAAAAAGUAUGCCAAGUCGACCGGAUGAACGUUGGUUUGUCAUCACCACUUUGGCCUCAUGGAACUUAUUGGGCGGUUUCGGGUUUUACGCCUACAUUAUGGACUGUUACUUAAAUUAUCCACCCGAGCACGAAAAAAGACAGUUCCAAUAUCACACCUUUUCCGGGAGCAUUAACCAAGAUAUUGUUAUCGGAAUUACUGUGGUAAUGCUAUGCCAGAUAUUAUCCACAAUAUUGCUGUGUUUGGCAUUGAAUGAGGCCAAGAGGAAAUGUUUUUUUUACGGAAUUUUUAUUAGCAUGGCUUUUCCGUGUGCCUGUCUUCCGGUUUGGCCGUUGGCUGGUAAGUUUUUCCACUGUCUUUUGGUUAUGCAUCCGACAUUAAGUUUUGAUUUUUACUAGUCACACAUGUCUCGAUUGUUUUGAU